UCGCUUGAGAAGCCUCGGCUCGUCCUGGCUGGUGCGCGUCGGCGUCGGGUCAGCAGAUUUACCAAGGAGGCAAACUGUUCUACUUCAAGAUUUUUUCCCAGUUUUUUCUAUAAAUCAAAACAUCUCAAAAUGGAGGCCUAAUAUUCUUAAAAGGGACUUAGUCUAAUCUCGGGAGGUAGUUUUGUGCAUGAGUAAACAAAUUAAAUAGUUAACUGGAGUUUUUGGUAUAAUUAUGUUAUACCAAAGAAUGUUAAUUUUAAAAAUAUGAUCUAGUUAUGUGAGGUAUAACUAUAAUUUGAUUUUGAAUUUGAUUUGUGGAAGUAAAGGAAAAGUGAUUGUAGUUGGGGCAUAUUGUUGAAGCACUUUUUUCAGAGUUGGUCAGGCAAUCUCCCACUAGCUGCUGUGUAGAAUAGAAAAAGUACCUGUGUUUGAUAAAGAUUUAAAAAUGAGUGACAGUUAUCUAGAACAAUGGAUUAAUAUUCAACCCUCUGCAAAAUUAGAGAAAUAUGCACAUGAAACCUUUGACAUGUUAAAAGACUUAUGCAAUGGCAAGGAAAUGUCAAGAACAAAACUUUUUGAUAUGCACAAUAAAUUUAGAGAAAGUAGGAAAGAUAAAUAUGAUGACUGGUGAAGAAAUUGUCCAAUCACAAGACCACUGAUAUUUUAAAAGUCUAAAGUUUAGUUUAUUGAAAUGGGUUGUUAUCUCUGAGAAUGAUGAGAAUGGGAAUGAAGGCUAAAUGGUUACAUUUUGGUAAAUGAACAAACAUUCAGAGAAAAAAUUUAUAUAAAGACAGUGAUGAAUACAGGGAAGGCUUUUCUAACAAAUUUAAAAUUUUGGCCAGUAAAAGAAAUAAUGAAGUUAGAUACAAUAACUUACCUCUGAGGGAAACAAUAAUUGGUAAAAAGAUAUGUUUCUCCUGCUACCUGGAAACAAAGUGUUGAAGUCUGCAGUAGAAAACCCCAACAUCUGUGAGAUCUAGGGUAAAUCAUGCUUGUAAGUCACCAAUAGAAAAACCACAAUGACUUGUUUAUUGGUCAUUGCUAGUACUAUUGACACAGAACCUAUUUACUAAUGGCUAGUAGAUCAUAACUGAGAAAUUCUGAAUUUUGACAAGGUCUCUCCUAUUCAAAUGGUAAAGUAAAUAUAUUAAUUUUUUUGUCAUGGUAAAUUCCAGUUCAAGAUAUGUUUAUCUAUGAAGUAAUUUCUGACCAGUACCAAAUUUGUGCAAUUUAAUUAUCCAUCUUAGUCUGUAAACUUGGCACUUUGUGAUUUUUAAAAAUAAAUCCACUACCAGAGUAGAAGAUUUGAUGUUGGCUCUGGGGACACUUAGGAAAACAAAAAUUCAAAAAUGUUUUGAGCAGGUAAUAAAUUGAAUAACUCUACAAUGUUAAUUCUUUGAAGGAGACAAAAAUUUUAAAAAUCUUUAGAAGUUUCAUUAUUUUAUAGCCAUGUCUAAAUUAUCUUUAAAAACUUUUUUUUUAACCAAGGGAGCAAAAUAUAUAUCAUGCUUCUGUUUUUCCAAAAAUAACCUGAAUAUAGUAAUGAAGUUCAGUUUUGUUAUUGAUAGUUUGUGGCAGAAUCUCCAUUUGUAGCACCUGUUUUCUACAUAAUAUAAAGGACAUGUUCAGGUUCUAGAAUGAAAAAAUGGUGACAUUGAGUUGCUUCAACAGCAUGAAACUGGGUCCAAAAGACCAAGUGAGCAAAUAUAUUAAUCUCUGCUACUUUAUUUUAAAUAGAAUGUUUAAUUUUUUAAGAUCUAAUAGUAUCACUAUAACUAAGCAGUCAUGUUCCUGAUGACCUAUGAGGAAGUAAUAAUCUUCCUCAUAGUAAAAACCAGGUUUUAAGAUGAGUUAGCCAAUUCUGUUACUACUUAAGCUCUUUAUUUGGAGGGGAAUUUUAGAUUGUUUUGUCCUCCCUAUUAAAAUGAUUGUAGAAACACAAAUUACUUAAUUUGAGAAAGAUUUGAGAUAUACCAUAUUUCGCUGAAUCUAAGAUGUCAUCAAUUGUAAGGCACCAUUAUUUUAUGUACCUCUAAGAAAUAAAAAUGCUGCUAAUUAAAACACAAUAUGCCAUUAAUUGUAAGAUACUUCUUGAUAACAGAAAUAUUAAAACGGGCAUCUUAGAAUCAGUGAAAUAAGGUAAUGUAUUAUUUUCCUCCUUUAAUGUACAUCUUAAGCUUUUUUUCUGCCUACCAAACUUCAGUUUCCAAAAAGCAAAAUAAUUUGAAUAUUUUUGCUGUAGAACAUUUGGGGAGCAUAGCUUUUCACCAUGAAAAGAAGCAAGCUUCAUGAGUCAGACAUUUUAUCUUCAGGUUGGUUGAAUGCCACCGAAACAUUCUAGUGGCCUAGAGAAGUUGACCUACCUAUGGAGAUACCUGACACUGAAUGGCAUCCUGAUGCCCUAAAAUACUUUAUGCUUCAUAAAAGGUUUUAAUUUUCAUCACAGGUUACUAUGUACCAUCAUGUUUACAUUUUAUGUAUAAAGAUUUUGCGAAGGUGCAGUUGUGCAUAAUUGUCCUUUAAAAUGUAUCGGAAUAGGAUUUAGAAUCUUGCCCUAAAUGCACAGAAGAAAAAAGAAUAAAUGAUUUCUCAUUUUAGAUGUUCAACGUAGUACUAAACUAAUAAAAUCAAAAGUCAUGCACAAAACUACCUCCCAGAGAAAGGCUAGUCCCUUUUCCUACCUAUCCAUUUCAUUAUGAACAUAGUAGAAAAUAGCAUAUUUUUAUCAAAUUUGAUGAAAAAUGCCAAUAUGUUUGAACUGAAAUAUGACCUUUCAUGUGAACUGUACCGAAUGUCUACGUAUUCAACUUUUCCCACCGGGGUUCCCAUCUCAGAAAGGAGUCUUGCUCGUGCUGGUUUCUAUUACACUGGUGUGAAUGACAAGGUCAAAUGCUUCUGUUGUGGCCUGAUGCUGGAUAACUGGAAAAAAGGAGAUAAUCCUAUUGUAAAACAUAAAAAAUUAUAUCCUAGCUGCAGAUUUGUUCAGAAUCUAAAUUCAGCAAACAAUUUGGAAGCUACCUCUCAGCCUACUUUUCCUUCUUCAAUAACGAAUUCCACACAUUCAUUACUUCCAAGUUUGGAAAACAGUGGAUAUUUUAGUGGCUCUUAUUCAAGCUUUCCAUCAAGUCCUGUGAACUCCAGAGCAAAUCAAGAUUUUUCUACCUUGAGGACAAGUCCCUACCACUGUGCAAUGAAUACAGAAAAGGCCAGAUUACUUACUUACCAGAUGUGGCCAUUGACCUUCCUGUCACCAACAGAUCUGGCAAAAGCAGGCUUUUACUACAUAGGCCCUGGAGACAGAGUGGCUUGCUUCGCCUGUGGUGGAAAAUUAAGCAAUUGGGAACCGAAGGAUGAUGCUAUGUCAGAACACCUGAGACAUUUUCCCAAUUGCCCAUUUUUAUCAAAUCAGCUUCAAGACACUUCAAGAUACACUGUUUCUAAUCUGAGCAUGCAGACACAUGCAGCCCGCUUUAAGACAUUCUUUAACUGGCCUUCUAGUGUUCUAGUUCAUCCUGAGCAGCUUGCAAGUGCAGGUUUUUAUUAUAUGGGUCACAGUGAUGAUGUCAAAUGCUUUUGCUGUGAUGGUGGACUGAGGUGUUGGGAAUCAGGAGAUGAUCCAUGGGUGGAACAUGCCAAAUGGUUUCCGAGGUGUGAGUACUUGAUAAGAAUUAAAGGACAAGAGUUCAUCAGUCAAGUUCAAGCCAGUUACCCUCAUCUACUUGAACAGCUGUUAUCCACAUCAGACACUCCAGAAGAUGAAAAUGCAGAGUCACCAAUUAUUCAUUUUGGACCUGGAGAAAACCAUUCAGAAGAUGCAGUCAUGAUGAAUACACCUGUAGUUAAAGCUGCUUUGGAAAUGGGCUUUAGUAGAAGGCUGGUAAAACAGACAGUUCAGAGUAAAAUCCUAACAACUGGAGAGAAUUAUAAAACUGUCAGUGAUAUUGUAUUAGAUUUACUUAAUGCAGAAGAUGAAAUAAGGGAAGAGGAGAAAGAAAGAGCAACUGAGGAAAAAGAAUCAGAUGAUCUAUCAUUAAUCCGGAAGAAUAGAAUGGCACUUUUUCAGCAUUUGACUUGUGUGAUUCCAAUCCUGGAUAGUCUACUAACUGCCAGAGUGAUUAAUGAACAAGAACAUGAUGUUAUUAAACAGAAAACACAGACAUCUUUACAAGCAAGAGAACUGAUUGAUACUAUUUUAGCAAAAGGAAAUAUUGCAGCCAUCAUAUUCAAAAACACUCUACAAGAAAAUGAGCCAAUGUUAUACAAGCAUUUAUUUGUGCAACAGGAUGUAAAGUACAUUCCCACAGAAGAUGUUUCAGAUUUACCAAUGGAAGAACAAUUGCGGAGACUACAAGAAGAAAGAACAUGUAAAGUGUGUAUGGACAAAGAAGUGUCCAUAGUGUUUAUUCCUUGUGGUCAUCUAGUAGUAUGCAGAGAUUGUGCCCCUUCUCUAAGAAAAUGUCCUAUUUGUAGGGGUACAAUCAAGGGUACAGUUCGCACAUUUCUUUCAUGAAGAAGAUCCAAAACUGUCUAAAUUUAAAGAAUUAGUGGAUUAAAUGUAUAUAAUCCUCUUAUACUGAUUUGGUUUCCUUCAAUUUUUUUUUAUCUACAACUCAGAAAAUUUUGUUUUAUACAAAUAUAUUUAUAUAAAUAUAUAUUUAAAACAUGAACAGAUAUAUUUUAGGUACCAAGGGAAUGAUAGGCUUUUACUAUUGUGAAAAAAAAAAUAGGGUGAGCACUACAAACACAAUACCCAAUUGAAAUUUCAGCGUUAUUGAAGUAACUGAAGUAAAAUUUAAGAUAUUUGAAUUUAUCUUUUAGAAUUAUAAAUAUUUUGGAAUUGAAUUAAGAACUAGGAACAUGGAUUUCUCUGCCUUUUUUGAUCUGUGUCCUAUACAUAGAAGGUCUCAAUAUUUGUUGAAUGACUUUGUAGGGACAUGGUGUUUUUGUAAAGGAUUAUGUGAAGAACAAUUAAUAAAGCAACAAAAAUUA